UGUAUCGUUUGUGCGCAAGCGCACAUGCCUUAGUUACAACCAAAAACAACUUUAGCUAAGCACCAGAUUAAAAAUUAGAAAACACACAAACUUUAAGUAAUUUUAAAUCAAAGCAGAUACCAAUCCGUAAUAUGCCUGGCAGUGCAAUUUCAGCUGCAGGGAGCAACUCCUCAGCAUCUUCAAAACGAGGAAAGACAAGGAGCUACAGAGUGGUCAGUAACACAUCGCAAGUGGAUGAGUCCUUAUUUGGUGAACCCAAUCAUGUUUCACAGAGAAAGGAGAUGCUAGACAACAAAUGGUCGGGUGGUGACAACAAACUUGAAGACUUAGCUCGUGAAAGAAGUGCCAAGAGAAAUAAAAAGAACAAGAAGAAUAACAAAGAAACAGUUCAAGUUAUAACAAAAGAUCUUAUCAGAAAUUUAAUUGUUCCAACAGAAGACCCUUCUGGCCAGUCCAUGAUCAUGCCAAGGCACGAGUUCUACAGAAUAGUUCAAAAUUCUAAAGUUAUGAGCAAGGAAGAGCGCGAGGCCUUGGAGGCCAGAAUCAAGGAGGAAAAGGAGAAAGCUAUGGAAGAGAGUGCCUCUCGAAAGAACCAGAUGAAAGCAUUGGACCUAGACAGAAGGAAGCACGAAAAGCUCAAUGACCUUGAAGAAGAGGCCAAGGAGAUGGCUGAACAUUUGCUGUCCAAGGCCAACGAGAUGAGACAGGAACAGGAGGAUGAGAUAAAACACUUGAAUGAGCUGAUCCUGAAUGCCAAGUGCCACGCUAUCCGUGACGCCCAGAUCCUCGAGAAGUCCCAGGUGCGACGGGAGAUGGAUGAGGAGGAGAAGCGGCUCGACAUCAUGAUGGAGGUGGACCGACAGAAUGCAAUCCAGAUCCAGGAGGAGAUUGAGAAAAAGCGCAAGGAGGAGAGACUCAUAGGUGCCUCAAAGCUGCUGGAGCAGAUCACAGAGAACGAGCAGGAGCGUCUGUUUGAGCUGGAGCGCAAGGACCAGGAGAACAUCCACAUGCAGCGGCAGGUCGAGAAGAUGAUGGAUGAGGACCGUGUCAUGCUCGACAAGAGGAAGAGGGAGCAGGAGGCACUCAGGUCUGACUUGAACAAGGCCAAUGAGGAGAUAUUGGCGAGACGAGAGAUCAAGAAACACCAGGAGAAGGCAGAGGAGUUGAAAGUCAUUGAAUACAUGAAACAAAAGGCUGAAAGAGAAGCUGCCUUUGAAGAGGAGCAGCAGAGAAUUCGGAUACAGAAAGAGAAGGAAACAGCAAGAUUGCGGGCACUUCAAGAGCGCGCCAGAGACGAGCAGGCUGACCGAGAUGCGCUUCGCGCCAAGCGAGCACAAGAGAAAGCGGAGCGCGAAUGGCGCAGAAAGGAAGCUGAUGAGGCGCGAAAGAAGGCAGAGAUUGAGGGAAUGCUCAUUGAGGCGCGAAAGAACCAGAUGAACCAGAAGGAGCACUACCUUGCAGUGCAGGCUCAGCGUGAGAGGAACGAGUUCGAGCGCGUGCUUAGGGCACAGAAAGAGCUAGUGGAGAAGGAGCGCCGUGAGGAACUGGAGGCGCGUAAGAAGCGACUGGGCCACGCAGACGAGGUGCGUGCCCAGAUCCGCGAGAAGGAGCAGGUGCGGAUCUCAGAGCGUAAUGCGUUCUUCGAGGAAGGCGUGAAACUGGAUGAGGAGGCACGGCUAAGGAGGUCCAAGCUGGAGGAAGUGAAGAAGAAGAAGCUGGAGACUCUAAGGGCGGCCGGUAUUCCAGACCGCUAUGUAACACAUGUUGCUCACAAAGUGAACGUCAAGGCGUGAGCUAUAAGACAUGCUGGUAUCCCAGAGAAGUACCUGAGUCAGGUAGAAAGAAAAGUGGCUGCCCCUCAACACAUUUCUGCAUGAAACUCCUCAUCAUCAUGGUCAUGUUAGACAAACUCUGCAUUCAUACAUUGUCUGUGAUAAAUAAACUAUAUGUGCAUGUUCUUUUUCAUUUCUUUCUCACGAGUUUUCUUUAGAUUUUUUAGCCUUGUUUUUACAUUAUUCAGUUGAAAAUAACCUCUGUACGGAACAUAAUUUUAAAUGUUUACUUUUACUUAAUCUCAGAACUAUAAUUAAGAAGUUUUACAUAAAAUAUAUUGUCUUUACAUGUAUGAUGUAUUAGCUUAAAUGAAGUGUAUCACUUUUUUGUGGUCUUUUCGUUGUACAAAUAAUGCAAACAUCAUUUAUAUUCUGCAUUAUUAAGCUGUUUGCAUAUUACGUUUGCAUAUUACUCACUUCAUAUACAUGUAUUUCAAGUGUUUAAUGAUUUAUUGUAAUAUGUGGAAGAGGAACAACAGUUCUCGUUCAUUUUGAUUAUCAAAUCAUAGUUUCUUGUGAAUGACUAGUAAUCAGCAAAACAGUCUUUAAGGUUGUGGAGAAUAAUAUGGUGUAUUUGUGAGAACUGAAAGCUCAUUCAUGCUUUUAGUGAAGUUGUCUAGGCCCAUGAAGUAUAAAUAUUUUGAUAGAAGUGUCCAAUCCAGUUAUACAAAUAUAGAAGGCUGUUUCACAUUACUAUAUUUAGGUUAGACACAACUUAUUAAAUGUACAUUAUCUGAACUUUGUAUUGUUGUCAGAACUAUGUUUUUAAGGUUUAUACACAUUAUUUUCUUAAAGUUCCAAUUAAACUUGUCAAAAGACAUUCUAAAUUCGCUCUAAAUUCGCAUUAGUGUUAAGUCAUGCACAAUGUUUUUGGUAUUAAGUUGCUAUUAUGUUGCUUUUCCAGAGGAUUAUCAAACCAGUUUUAUUGUAAUGUACAGAUUGUAUAACCUAGUUUCAGUAUUAGAAUAAUGAAGAGGUUGCUAAAAUAACAAUGUUUCUAUUUUACUUCUUAUAUACAUAAUGCAUAGUUUUAAUGUACAUGUUGUAUGAAUGUGAUUUUAUUUUAUGUGUUUACAAUGUUAUUAUCUUGAAUAUUUAUAUUUUUAUGUUUUGAUGCGUACAUGGAACUGUACAUGAUGUAUCAUUUAUUGCGUCAUUGAGUAAUGGACUCUAUUUGAAUAGUGUUAUGUGCAAACAAUAAACUUUCAAAUUUG